AUGAUCAUCGUUUCUGAUCCAACCAAGUUCUUGCACAAAGGGUCUAUUCUAGAAUCUAUGUACCGGUCUGUCUCUCAGGAGAGUAAACUCAUCUCUGAGUACAAAUUGCUUCCUCCGAAGAAUCCACGACAAUUAAAGCCAGAGAUGCAAGCUGCUUUAGACGAGGUGGAUAAAACGGCUAAGCGAGGAAAGAAAGUUGUUGAUAAGAAAGAAGCUCCCGAAGAGCCCUCUUCUAAACCCUCUAAGUCAAAGAAAAGUAAAGCUGACAAGGGUGAAUCCUCUGCUACUAAGAAAAUCAAGAAAAUGGCUCGUAGAAAUCUCACUUCUUCACCUUCCCAUUCAGACCCGAAGGACAACCAGUCUGCAGGUGAUGAUGAUGAAGGGCAACAUCAAGGUUCGCCUAGGGGUAAUACACCUCCUCGGUCUCCAACUCCUGAGGUUCUUGUUAAUGAUUUUGUUCCAACACCCCCUCUAUCUCCACACAAGACAACCAUUCAGGUCACUGUUGCUCCUCCACCCCCAUCUUCAACACCAAUAGUUUCCACUAUUGCUCCACCACCACCUGUCAUUUCUACUCCAAUCACUACUGCCCCAUUACCACCACCUAUUUUCUCUAACGCAACCGUCGCCUCUAUACCUAUCAUCACUUCAACCGUAGAUUCUUCUGUCAAAGUCAACACAUAUUAUGUGGGGGCGAAGACUGAAGAAUCUCCUAAAGUCACCACAGAGCCUCUUUCACCAACUCCUUAUAAUGAUUCUAAUCUAGUUUUUGGAGGAGCUGAUUUUUAA